AACAAGAUAUUUUUCGUCUUGAUAAGAAAUUUAUUCAAGAGGAAACUAGGAACGACGAAAUAUUGCGAAAAGUAUUCGAAUUUGCGUCACAGGGUUGGCCAAGUGACUGCAAAGAAGAGGAACUGAAACCUUAUUAUAUUAGGCGAGACCAAAUUACAAUAGAAGAUAACCUAUUGAUGUGGGGACAUCGGUUAAUCAUACCAUCACGUUGCAGGAAAGAAGUUUUAAAAGAGAUACAUUCGACACACAUGGGAAUAGUUAAGAGUAAAUCAUUAACUAGAUCAUUUGUAUGGUGGCCUUCGUGCGAUAAAAACGUCGAAGAAUUUUGCAAAAAUUGUUUAGCUUGCUCUAAACACAGAAACAGUCCGCCGAAAGCUGAAGUGAUUGAGUGGCCAAAAACUGAACAGCCGUGGGAAAGGGUGCAUAUUGAUUUUUUUGGUCCACUGCAUAAUAAAAUGUUCAUGAUUGUGGUAGAUUUCCAUUCGAAGUGGAUAGAAGUUGUUUAUAUGAAGAACAUUACUUCGGAAAAUACAGUAGAUAAGCUACGAGAAAUAUUUAGUCGGUGGGGAUUGCCAAAGAUCGUAGUAACUGAUAACGGACGUUCAUUCGUGUCGGAAUGUUUCAAGCAUUUUCUAUAUAUGAAUGGAAUUCAGCAUAUUACACCACCACCAUAUCAUCCUGCCACAAAUGGGUUAGCAGAGGUUUCGGAACAGCAUUCACAGUAGUACGGGUGUUACUCCAGCUGAACUCUUGAUAGGAAGAAAGCUACGCAUGCGAUUGGAUCUCAUUUUACCGGAAGAGCAGCUGAAGCGACAGCAUUUGCGUAAAGAGGAACGAGGGAGAGAUCCGAAGAGACUAACAAGAAACAGUGCGGAAGUGAAACGUAAUAAAGUGAGUGCGAGAGGCAAUUUUAAAAAAGGUGAUCGUGUUUUUGUGCGCGAUUAUGGACGUGCUAAACCGAGUUGGGUACCUGCAGAAAUUGUAGAACAAAACGGACCUCGAAACUAUAAGACAUUAACUAACGAAAACUUUAUCUGGAGAAGACAUUCGGAUCAAAUAAUCAAAGGACCUUCUUACGAUGAUGACGAUUUAUUAGAUUAUUAUUCACGUCCUUUGACUGUUGAUUCAAAUGCAACUAUUGUUAAUAAUGUUGACGAUGAUGUAGUAGAGGAAUCUGCAGUUGGAAAGGCUAGUUCUCCGGAACCAAUUAGGGAAGCUGAAACAAUUGCAGAUGAUUUUGUAGUAACUAACUCUAGAAGUAUGUUGCGCCCAACCAGAAACAGAAAACCUCCUGACUGGUUCGCAAUAAAAUAACUUAUGUUAUGUGAGGGAGGAAUGAUAUGUAUUUGGGAAAUUGUUAUCUGAUAGCAGACUUGCACCAGUCGCGUAAUGCAAGUCAAAGAGC